AUGUAUUUAAUUCCAAAUUUCUAAUUUUUAUUUGACAUAAAGUCCAAUAUAAGGAUAAGGUUUGUGGAAGUACAUUUAGUGUAACCUUUUCUAUUACUUUAUACAACAAAUCAAAUAUUGUAGAUUUGGGAUUAUGAAAAAAAGACUUGUUUGAGAGCAAUAAAUGUUUCAUUAAUAGAACCAGAUAAAGUAUAAGAAGUUAAAUAAUUAAAAUUUCAUGACAACUAAAUAAUUUAUAGACUUUUUAAUGAUUAAUCAUUAAUUUUGUAGAAUAGUAUAAUGAUUUUGACAACUGAUAAAUUGUAUUCAUACAAGUAUUGUUCUGAUUAUUCAGACCUAAUAACAAAUGGUCCUAUAGGUGUUUCAAAUAAGUGUUUAGAAUUUAUAGAUUCAUAAUAUAUUGCAGUAGGAGGUGAAGGAGUUAAGAUUAUAGAUUUAAAAUAAAAUCUAAUUGUUAAAACAAUGAAGGGAUAUCAUCAAAAAGGAAUAAAUUAAAUGUUAUCAUAUAAAUAGAAUUAAUUUGAUAGACCUCGUCUUGUUGUUAGUAGUUUAGAUGGUACAAUGGCCUGUUGGAAUGCUGAUACAGCUAAUGAAUAACCAACCUUUAAAUUUUUGAUGUUAAAAAAAGGCAAAUAAUUAAUUACUGCAAAUAAUGGAUAAGAAAUAUUGUCUAUUGCAUAUGAUCCAUAAGAUUUUUAAAUAGUUACUGUGACAGAAAACUAUAUCACUUUGUGGAGUUCUUUGAAUGGUAUGGAAAUAAAUAGAUUCAAACCUCCCAUUCCAAUUAAAGAACUUGUUCAUAUAAGUCAUUCUAAUUUCCCUUCUUAAACCUAUAUAGGCCAUACAAGAUCAUCUGAAAUUUAUGCUUUAUAUCUUAUAGGAAAAUAAUAAAAGAAAUUUGAUUAUGUAAUACUUUUGGAUUUAAAAAAUGUCACUGAUAUUGAUAAACAAAUUAAGAUUAAUACAAUAACAACUAAUAUAUUAAAAUCAAAUCUUCUAUGCGUUGCUACAACUCAUGGUUUAUUUUUAUUAUAAGCUUCUGAAUUUUUACAGAAGUAUUGUUUUCAUCAUACUUUUGUUUGUUCAUUAACAUUAAAUCAAAGUAAAAUGUUUGUUGAUGAUACUGGAUUAUUAAAGAAAUUAACUAAUAUUGCAUAAGAACGAUUAAAAUAAUUUGAGAUUGAAAAUAAAUAAACUGAUUAAUCUAAUUUGAUGUAUCUAUCUACAAAUGCUAAAAAUGUUGUAUGCACAUUAAUUGAAUUUACCUAAGAAUUAACAAACAAGAAAGAAGAAUGGACUGUUAUGAGUAGAUAAAACAAAAUAUUUACUUUUUAAACAUCUUACACAUGGGAUGGUAUUAUUAUUAUUUUUUAAUUUAGAUUCUAAAAUUUUAGUCUCCUUAUCAGGAAGGUAUUUUGUUGUUCAUAAUAACAAUGGAUAAUAUGUAGUACUAUCAAUUAAUAAUAGAAAUCUUAACUAUGAUAUGAUGGAAAGUGAUCUCAAAUUAACCUUGCACUUUUUGAGUGAAUUAGAUUAACUUUCUAAUGGAAUUGCAAAUUCUAUUGCAUGGCAUCAAUACAAAGAAGAAUUAAUAAUUUCUGUCCCUUUAAAUGAUAGAAAUUAAAAUAUUACUAUUGAAGAGAAAGUAGAAUCAUAAACUAGUGGAUUCUUUAAUUAAAAAACUUAUUCCAGAAAAAUUUAUAAUUAUUCUUCAAAUAUUGUUAAUUACUAAAUUUAAAUUUAUGGUUUUGAACUAACUAAAUAAAAAAUGGAGUUGAAAGUAACAAUAAACAAUUUACCAUAACCAGAAAAAGUAUUUGGAGUUAAUAAUUAUUAUUUUAUUGUUACAAAUUCUGAAUUUAAUACUGAGGAUUAAAAAUUAAAAACAGAAAUAAAAUAAUUAAAAUUGAAAAAUGGUCAAUUUUACACUUUUUAGAAUAAAGAACUAAUUCCAUUUGGUAAUUAAUAUAUCUCUCCACUCAAUGUUACAAGUAACAUCAAUGAAAACUUUAUAUUAUUUUAAUAUGAAAAGACCUUUUCUCUUUUGAUUAAAUAAAAUGGAUAAUUUAUACCUAUCUUAAAUGAACAUGAACAACUUACUGAUAGCUAUUUCUGGGAAGACUUAUUAUUCUAUGUUACUCAAACUUAAAUUAAGAUGAUAGUAGUAGUUAAUUUAGUUCCUAUUACAAUUACUUUAGCUUAAUUAGAUCCACCUUAAAAUCAACUCCAAAGUUGUGAAUUUUUAAAAGCUAAUUAAUUAGAUGGUUAAUAUCCUGAAAUAUAGAUCAGACCUUAAGGACAAUUAAAAAUAGUAAUUAAUUAAUAAUAAAUCCUUAGUUAAUGAUUCAUGACAGUAAACUAAUUGUCAUUAAUUAAGCACAGGAAAUUUCAUUUAUUCAUUUGAAGCAUGCUUUACUUGAGUUUUGUGUAUAAGUUUAUGAUAUUCAAAAAGAUUAAUUUAUAAGUCGAUGACUUUUAAAAAUGCAUUGAUUUUGCAAGUAAAUUAGAUUAGAAAAUGUAAAAAUUAAUUGCUUAAAUGUUGAUUGCAAAAAAUGCAAUUGAUUAAGUUCAAUAUUUAAAUAUGGAUUUACAUGAACGGUUGACUUUAGAGUUGGAUCAUAAUUUAAAUGAAACCUAAUUAACUGUAAUCAGAUAAUUAAUAUUUAGUUAGAUUUAAUAGAUUAAGUCAUGCUAACAGUAACUGAAAAUAAAGAAAAAUAUAUUAAAGAUUUAGCAAUCAAACUGUCUUAGUAAAAACGUGAAGAAGAAUUAGAUUUAGUAAUUUAAUAUGGAUUAUCCAAUUAAUUGUAAAUUUUUCAGAAAUAAUUUAAUAUAGAUUUCCACUUUAUGAUAUUACUCCUUUGUUAUCAGAUACCCAAAGGGAAUAUUAUUUAGAGUCAUAGGGGAUAUUUCAAAAUUUUUAGUCUCUUAAAGAAAUCAGUAAAGAAAAAGAAGAAGUAAUGCUUUUUAAUUUAUACAAUAUAUUCUAAUUAUGA